AGUUUUAAUCCUCCUCGGACUUCAGAAUUCAAAUUUUUCCUUAAUUUUCCCAAUGUGGCUUCGAGGUUGCAAGAAUUUUCUCAAGUUUUCUGUCUGUCGUUUUGUUUUUUGCAAGGGAAAUCAUCUAACUGCAGAUUCUUUUUUCCAAGGAAAAGGACCAAUAACCAAGCAUUUCACAAGACAACUGACAAUUUCGUCUGCAUUCAAAAGCCACUCUCAACAAAUCGUGAUAUCACAAGACGACAUGAGAGUGAGACUCCUUCCCGCCCUGUCAGAUAAUUACAUGUAUCUCUUGAUUGAUGAGAACACCAAAGAAGCAGCUAUUGUAGAUCCAGUAGAGCCUAAAAAGGUGGUGUCUGCUGUAAAUGAGGAAGAGGUUACAUUGACGACAGUUUUGACGACACACCACCACUGGGAUCACGCAGGUGGCAAUGAAGAGCUAGUUUCAUUGGUCAGUGGGCUAACAGUCUGUGGAGGUGAUGAUAGGAUUGGUGCUUUGAACAAGAAAGUAUCACAUGGAGAUGAGUUUAAGGUUGGUACUUUACAUGUCAAGUGUUUGUUUACGCCAUGUCAUACAAGUGGUCAUAUCUGCUACCUAGUGAGUGGUGUUGAAGAUAAACCUAGUGCAGUAUUCACAGGGGACACUUUGUUUAGUGGUGGGUGUGGCAGAUUUUUUGAAGGCACACCACCUGAGAUGUACAAAGCACUGAUUGAAGUCUUGGGUACUCUUCCUUGUGAAACACUCGUUUAUUGUGGUCAUGAGUACACCGAACAGAAUUUAAAAUUUGCACAAGCGGUUGAGCCAGACAACCCUGACGUAAAGGAGAGACUGGAAUGGGCCCAAUAUGCGAGGCGGGAGAAUAAACCAACCGUUCCAUCAACGAUCGGACAGGAAUUUAAAUUCAACCCUUUUAUGCGUGUUAGGGAAGAGAGUCUCAAGAAAUACACAGGAAAAAGUGAUCCAAUUGAUGUCAUGGGAGCACUGAGAAAAGAAAAAGAUAACUUCAAAGCUUGAUACAAGUCCACUAGCAAGAAAAAACAGUGUACACAGUGCCAGGAUAGUAGUAAGUUUAAGGUUAGUGAGUUAAUUUUUAAACCAACAGUAGUUAAAGAAUUCUUCAGUACCAGUCUUUAUCUUGAGGUAGGAAGACAUAAAUACAUGUAAAUGUGCACACUAGGUUAAAUUUGAUCCUUAUAAUCACCCUGAAAGAACAUUGGCAUUUGCUAAACUUCUUAAGGAACCAUUCGGUUUUAUCGAGGAGGAGUUACGGUGGGAUUCACUUAGUAAUCUGAACAAAAAAUUCUCACCGCCUAUUCAUCGAUGCAUAAAAAUUGCCCCUCCCUUGUUUUUGAUUCUGUUCAAAAGGGCUGUGCAAGAUUAUUUUGUGUGGUCCUUCACUCUUUACCCUGAUUUUUUAAUAAACCCCCUCAAAUCCCUUGGGACCCCAGUUCACUAGUAAAUGAUGAAAACUCCUGAUAUUGGAAAUCCAUUUUUAAGAGUACAAUAUAUAGUCCCUUUCGCAGUCCCCUGCACCAUCUUGAAAGGUACCCAUGCCUUUGCAUCCAAGCGAGACAAAUGGCAAGCUUGCAAUGAUAGAGACAUGAAUAAUUUUCCAAGGUGUUAUACAAAGGUUUCUAUCAUUCCAAGCUCACCGUUCAUCUCGCUUUGAUGCAAAAGCACAGCUGCCUUUUAAGAUGGUGCAGAGAACUCUGAAAAGUACUAUUGUUGAAAAAAAACAUAAAAGAUUCUCAGUUCAUUAUAACUUUUUUUACUUAAAAUACUCCUUUAAGACACCUGGAAUCCUUUCUUAGAAACUUGAUUAAACCAGGAGGUAAUUAAACCUGAUUAUACCUGUUUAACCUGAUUAAACCUUGGAGAUACCUUGAGAUAUAAGGGUUAUGGUAAUCAUACUCUAGUAUGAUUGAAUUAAAACUUCAAACGACACAAAAACAAACUUAAUUUGGUUUGUUAUGUCAGUUUAUUUACUUUUAUAAAAUUAAGUGCUUAUAAAAAAAUAGAAUUAAAAUUAAAUACUGUUUCAUUCCUUUGUUUAGAAGUCCGUGGUUUAUUUAUUUUACUUCAGCUAUUGUUGGCUUAGGCUUCAUAGAGUUUCAGCUGCAGUCGUGUAUAUGAUAAUGUAUAUAAGUUUUAUUUUUAAAAAUCAAUACAAUCUUUAAACAUGUCAUUAAAAUAUUGACAGCUUAAUUAAAUCUUAAACUGUUAUGUGUUUAACAAUUUUUUUAUCUUUUAGAUUAAUAAUUUUGCCUAGUUUGUUCUAGUUAGGGGGAUAUGUUCUAGACUUACAGGUACUGUAGAGAGGAAGGGGGUCGGCUAGCACUAGCUAGAAUCCACACUAUUUCUUGUACUGUCAUAAACGGAACAAACAACAUCACUUUCUUCCCAUUUGACCUAGAGAUGAUGUUUUAUUAAGGAAUAAUAAAAAAAGUAAAGCUAAAGAAUAGUACUCCAAUAGGCCUAGACCUUUUCCGAGGUUCCAUAAACCUGAUGCACUGUGGUCUACCUUGGGUACAAAUAACACAGUUUAUGGAAAGAUGAACAAAAUAUGUUUGUACUUAAGCUAGACCAUAAUGAGGGUGUAGAUGGGAAUUAAUGUUAAGUGUUAUGCAGACCCCCCUAUGGAUACCCAAAAUUAAAUGCUAUCGGCUAUCUCUGAAAAGUUCUAUGUUUGUACUAUUUUUAAUUAUAAGGCAGCAGUCUAAUUUCAUACUCCCAAAACCCAACCAACAACUGUAACCUACUUAUCGGAACGCCCUAACCCACUAACUCCUUAUUUAUUAUCACUUCCUGGGAUGUCUGUAUGUUGCUUUUGGCUGUCAGUUAUGGUGGCAGUACAUGUAGAGUAUGCUUCCAGGCUCUAACUCAAGAAUAACCUUGUAGUAUUUAAUAUUUUUAUGUUUUUAUACAAGUCAGCUCACUAAUGGUUACUCACAGCAAGGUACCAUCCACAUCAAAAGCUUUAUUUUUGACUCUCAUAAAAUCUAAUGCAUUUUUAGUUCAUGUUAUAGAAAACAAAGUAAAAAUAAAGUUUCUGAAAUAUAAA